CAAAGAUCUCCCCUUCUACUGAGCAUUCAUGGCAUCAAUACAUUGCUAUCAGCUUGUCUUCCUAAGUCAGAUCUGGCAUGGGCUUCAUGCAGUAGUUGAUGUCACACAAGAAGUUGAGGCACCAUGUAAUGAAGAUGCUUUUCUCCCUUGUAAGGUUUUCCAGGAUCUACAGCUCACAACUGGAGCAGUCUCUUGGUAUAAGAUUGAUGAAAACAACAAAGGAUUGAAGGAUGUAGAACAUAAUGAAGAACAUGAUUAUUCAAGAGGACUUAAUGAUUCCUUAGAGAUUUCUAAUGGAACCUGGCAUUUUCUGAAGAUUAAACAUGCUACACACUUCAGUAGUGGAACAUAUACAUGUAUCUUAACGGCACCCGUCAGAAAAUACAACCAAAGUACAGUUACACUCAGAGUAAUAGGCUGUCCUGAGGAAUGGCAAGAUAUGAAACUCAAAAAAUACUCAACAGAACUUAUGUUGCUGUGUUCUAUUGGGAGCUUCUAUUUGUUACUCAUCAUCUUUACUUGUACAUGCUUAAAUGAGAGAUCUUCUGACCAUCAUAGAUCUGGAAAGGAGCACAUAGGCAGACUCCACCUUUACACUACCUGUUGAAAGAAUGGUUUCUACUACUCAAUAUUGAACAGCAUUGGUAAAGACAAUAUUAUCAACUAAUCUGGUGGUGCUACAAGAAGCUCAUCAAUAGCACUAUCUCAUCAAAUGGAUAUUAUCAUAAUACUGUAGAUGGAGGAUAUGAUUGUAUGAUUGCCUUACUCAGUCUGGUACCCUUAGGUUGGGACUGCAACUCCCCAUAUUUCAUGCCUGGUGAGUAUUUUGUGAGUCAUCAGAUUAAUCAGAUGUAGUUUCAGAUCUGUACAGGAAUCCAAAUGAACUCCCUCCCCACCAGUUAGUCAGUGACAUUAUUGGUAGCUUUCAACUGAAUCAGGUUCUGGCUUCCUCCAGCUGUGAUGGUAAAGCAAACAAGAAUUAUCACAGCAGGAAGAAGCUGAGAUUCAGCAACUGCCCAGUGA